ACUGAGUCACACAAGCGCAGCCUCUCUCCCCAGCUUCCCAUCGGCCCGAUCAUCAUCCUCAUCAUCGUCGUGGUCUUCAAGCAGGCGCUGCCGGGCCACGUUGCGGAUUGGAACAUUGUUUGCGUUCGUCUCCGGCGGUACUUCGUGUGGAGCGACCGCUGUGGUGUUCUGCAUUGAGGUGACGUUCCAAGCGCCGGGCGCGUGGCAGCGGGAGGAGGAGGAUGAUGAUGAUGAUGAGGAUGCUGCGGAUGAUGAUGAUGAUGAUGGGGAUGGCUCCACGAACCUUGCUCUGCGCCCUGCUCUGCGCCCAGGGUUCGUGCAAGCAGCAGACGUUCCGCGUGCGGCCCGAGAACAGCUCAGUCCCCGAGGGCUCGGCGGCGACCCUGCGAUGCGAGGUGCAGGCCGUGUCCGGGGCCGUGCAGUGGGUCAAGGACGGCCUCCUGCUGGGCCCGCAGCGAGACAUGCCGGGCUUCCCGCGAUACUCCAUGCGGGGAACGCAGGCCAGCGGGCAAUUUAACCUCCACAUCGAGAGCGUGGAACUGGAGGAUGACGGCUGGUUCCAGUGCCAGGCGGGCCGAUCCCCUUCGAGCCAUCCCAUCGCCUCGCCAACCGCGUGGCUCACCGUGCUGAUCCCUCCCCAGCGUCCCGUGAUCUUGGAGCACGUGGGGAGCGACUCCGUGACCUGGGUCGCCGGGGUCGAGGUCACGCUCACCUGCACGGCCACGGAUGCCAAGCCACAUGCACAGGUGCAGUGGCUGAGAGGGGAGGAACCACUGCCCGGUGUGGAGGUCUCCGUGUCCGAGGGGUCACAGCCCAGGCUCUUCGACUCGGUCGCAAUCCUCCGGUUUGUGCCUAAGGCGACGGACAACGGAGUGUCGUUCUCCUGCUCGGCGGUCAACACGGCUCUGGACGCGCCCCGCGUCACCUCGCUACGUGCCAACGUGCACUUCCCCCCGGGCCCGCCCUGGGUGGAGGGGUUGGAGGGUCGCCCGCUGAGGGAGGGCGACGGCCUGAACCUACGGUGCCAGUCUCAGGGGGGCAACCCCCUUGCCACCCUGCAGUGGAGCAAGGGCGAGGAGGUGCUGCUCACCACGUGGGAGAGCGACGAUGUGGCGCUGCCCCCGCUGUCGCGCAGCGUCCUCGCCCUCGCCCUGCGGCCCGAGCACAACCUCGUCACGCUCACCUGCGAGGCCACCAACCUCGUCGCGCCAGCUCCCAUGACCGCCACCGUCACCCUGCGCGUGCUCUUCGGGCCCGCGGAGGUGACGCUGCUGGGCUUCGCCGAGGGCUCCGGCUUGGUGGAGGGCCAGGCGCUGUCGGUGGCCUGCGUCGCCUCCGCCAGCAACCCCCCGCCCACCAUCCGCUGGUGGGCGGGGGGGCGCCAGCUCCAGGCCGACAACGACACCACCUACGAGGAGGGCCCCAACGGGGGCCACGUGACGGUGAGCAACCUGACGUACACGGUGACGCGCGAGCAGAACGGCAUGACCCUGACGUGCGAGGCGGCCAACGAGGCGCUCUUCACCACGCGCUCCGCCACCAGGGUCGUCAAGGUCUACUACCGGCCGGAGCGGGUGUGGAUCGAGGGCUACGAGGAGGGCCGCGUGGUGCCCGCUGGCACCGUGCUGCGCAUCACGUGCUACGCCAGCGGGGGCCACCCUCCCGCCACCCUCCUGUGGACCAAGGGCCCGUCGGUGGUGAGGGGCGGUGAAUACCGCAGUACGGGUAGCCUGGCGUCGCGCGAGAUAUCCGUGGUGGCUGCACCCAGCGACAACGGAGCCCUCUACAGCUGCCUGGCCUCCAACAAAGCGUCGAGCAACAGCGGGGCGCUACGCAACACCACGCGACUCCACGUGCACUUCCCUCCACGCUACGUGAAGGUCACGGAGGCCAAGGAUGGCCCCAUCCACGCGGGCACCACCAUUACCUUCCUGUGCCAGUCGGCCAGCAGCCAUCCGGCCUGCAGCCUCUCCUGGAUCAAGGAUGGGCAGCGGCUACAGGGAGAGGCCGCUGAGAGCCACAAGGCCGAGCACGGAGGUUGGGCCUCGUCGGGGCACAUUGCCCUGGUGCUGUCCUCCAGGGACCACGGCAAGCGGCUCACGUGCCAGGCGACGCACCCCUCGCUCCGCGAGAGAGUCAGCGCCUUCUACAAGUUCCACGUGCUGUUCGCUCCCGAGCUGCAGGAAGGGCAGCCCGUGGCCUUCUCAGUGAUGGAGAAGUCCGCGGCCCUGCUGAAGAUCGUGACGCUCGCAAACCCACCGGAGGUCACCGUGGAGUGGAGCCGAGCUGGGCAGGCCCUCGUGAAGAAGGGGGUGGCGCGCUACGUGCUGAAGGAGGGCGGCUCGCUGGAGGUGUGGAACGUGACGCGCGCCGACGCGGGCGACUACGACGUGCAGAUGACCAACACAGAGGGCACGGGGAGAGGCACCAUUCGUCUUGACGUGCACUACCACCCGUCCAUCCGUCGCACGGUGAGCUCCGUCUACGUGGAGCCCAGCGGCACCGCCGUCAUGGUCUGCACCGCCGAUGCCAACCCGCUGCAGGAGGGCAUGAUCACUUGGAGGUGGAUGUCGGCGGAGGGCCCCGUGCCGCUGCCGGCCCUGCAGGCCUACCACGAGGGUGGCAGCACGCUCACCCUGCCCGCGGUCAACCGCAGCAUGAGCGGCCGCUACGAGUGCACGGUGGACAACGGAGUGCCCCCUCCAGCCCGCGCCAGCGUCCGCCUCUACGUCAAGUUUCGUCCGGAGAUCGUGAAGAGCGCUCACCUGGCCAAGGUGGCUUCGCUCGGUGACGGCACGGCCAACGCCACGCUGCUGUGCCGCGCCGAGGGCGUGCCGCGCGUCGCCUUCAGCUGGGCCAAGAACAACGCGACCCUGGCGAGCCCACACCCCAGGUACCUGGUGAAGAACAAGCUGGAUGGCACGGCGCACGAGAGCCGCCUCGAGGUGGUGAACGCCACGUCGGCGCUGGACUACGCGCUGUUCACGUGCAGCGCGCGCAACGACAUGGGCUCCGACUCGUUCGACAUACAGCUCGUCAGCACCAGCCGCCCCGACCCCCCCACGGACGUGCGAGUGGUCAACGUCACCGACAUCUCGGCGACGCUCACCUGGCAGGCCGGGUUCAAUGGGGGGCUCACGCAGCGCUUCCGUGUCAAGUACCAGGUGCAGGGGGCGCGCAGCGCCCGCUACGUGGACGUGGACCCGCCACAGGCGACCGCCUUCACCGUGGCCGGCCUGCUCCCCAGCACCGGCUACAACCUCUCGGUCAGCGCCUGGAACCGCCUGGGGCACAGCGACUACCACGGGGCGCCCGUCGGGAUCCGCACCACCGUCGGAAUCAAAGACGACUCGGAAAUGAUUGUACCGCCACCUGGUAUGGAUCUUCCCACGUCGGGCACGCUGCUCUCCCUGCCCGUGCUGGUGGCGGUGGCUGCGGCUGCGGCGGCGGCGGCGCUGGCGAACGCCGCCUGCCUGGUCGCCUGCGUCGUGCGCAAGAGGAGAGCCGCUUCCGCCGGAAAGAAUCUGCAAGACUUGGCCGUGGCUCCGAACCGUUACGCUCCCCACGAGGCGCUCAACCCGGCCGCCCGAAGGACGCUGCUCCUCGACAGCUGCUCGGAGCACAGCUACGAGGCCUACGGCACGGGGGGUAGCGAGCUGUACAGCGACAUCACGGGCGGGCGGUCCUCCACCCAAACCACCCAGGAGACGCUGUCUCGCACUGACAGCUACUACAGUGGUACGACGGUGGAGCGCUGGGCCGAGCAGCCCCUGUACGAGGAGGCGUCCACCCCCUCCGACACGGCCCGGCCGCUCUACGGCCGAGCACCGCGCCGUGCCGGACUCCCGGUGGAGCCCAUUGAGGAGGAGCCGUUGGACUUUGACGACGAGGAGACGGAGGAGGCUGUUGGAGUCUCUGAGGACCGGACGCUGCCCUUUGAGAUGCGUGGAGACCUCGUGUAGCCCCCGCUAGCCCCCACCUCUCUCGCCCCCCACUACCCCCCACCCUCCACUACCCCACCCGCACCCCCCCCCCCCCCCGCUGACUCACGGCAGCAAUAAUAACGCUCACAGAUUUGAUUUCAUUGUCAAUUUUUUUUGCAACAAAAAAUAAAGUCGGUAGUGGUUGCCGCUGCUGCUGCACGACCCAACGCCU